GAGAGAGAGAGAGAGAGAGAGAGAGAAUCUCAAUGGUCAGGAUUCCAGUUAUCUUGGCAGACUUCAUCAUCUCAUUCAUGUGGGUGUGGUCAGGAGCUCUGAACAGGAUCUUUGUCUACAAGACACUGGGCUUAGGAUCUCAACCCAAUGGAGAGAUGAUCAAGGGGUCCCUCUCUAUCCUGAUCAUGUUCUUCUUUGCGUGGCUGGGGAAGGUCAGUGGAGGUGGGGCCUACAACCCUCUCACUGUCUUGUCUGGUGCUGUCUCUGGGAGCUUGGGUGGGUUCCUGUUGGCUGUGGGUGGGAGAAUUCCUGCUCAGGUAAUUGGAUCUAUAAUUGGAGUGAAGCUCAUCAAAGAAACCUUUCCUGAAGUAGGACACGGGCCACGUCUGAAUAUCGAUAUCCAUUGGGGAGCGUUGACGGAAGGACUACUCACAUUCGCGAUCGUGAUCCUUUCACGUGGGCUUGCAAAGAGCAAUCCCAGCAGUUUCUUCAUCAAAACAUGGAUUACGAGCGUCUCAAAACUCUCUCUCCAUAUACUAGGUUCGGAUUUGACUGGUGGAUGCAUGAACCCUGCCUCUGCCAUGGGAUGGGCAUUCGCUCGUGGGGACCACAUAACAAAGGAGCAUUUGUUUGUAUACUGGCUUGCACCGGUGGAGGCGACUCUUUUGGCUGUGUGGACAUUCAAGUUGCUUGUUCAGCCCCACAAGAAGCAGAAACAGCUGGAAGAGGAGAAGGUUGCCAAGACCAAAUCAGACUAAAGGAAUUUCAGCGUGAGUAAUUGCAGGAUCCUCAAAUGUAUGCUUGUGUUUUCAUGACUGGGACCCAUGUUCAUGUGAUCCAGACCAUUGGUCUGAUGUGUUCCACCAUGGAUAGGCCACAUGCCAUGAAAAUCUCCGAGAUUGGAGUAUCCUAGCUACCACUAUUGGGGAUCUUUUGAGCCUAAGAUCCAAAUGUUCGUUUAAAGAAAUUGUUGGGGUCAUCCAUCUAGGGUGGAUUCAACAUUCCAAUGGUCUAGAUUACCGAACCAUGGGCCCCAAUUAAUCAGUUGUUAACUUGAAACCUGAGUAUACUGCUCAAAUCAUCAAGUUGGUGAUCCUGUAAUUACUCUUUCAGCAAUGGAUGUGAAUUCUCAUUUUUCA